GACCAUGAUUCGUUUUGCUACCUUACAAGUUUGCUUGACGCGUCUCUGCAUACUAUCACUUUCUGGUGUGGCUGCUGAGGCGGACCUGCAAACCCGCCUGCACGAUUUGAGCUGGGCAGACCUGAGUUGUUUGCGGCAGGAACCAAGGGGCUGUGCGGUGCUACAGGAUCAGUAUAGCUGCCUGAGCAGCAAGAGUGACGAGGCGCCAUGCCUUUGGUGCGAUGGGGGGCCAUGCCUAGCUGGCCGUUUCAAUCGUUGUGAGUCCUUGCCAACCUUCAAGGGUACCGAGGAGACAGCCACGCACGGUACUGUGGAAGUGCCGGGCUGCGAAGAUGGCGCCGCCACGGUCUUUAAGAAAGGGCGGCCGGACAUGGCACCCAGCCAGGAACAAUUGAGCAAGCUGAGCCCGGUGAAAGGAGGUUGCAUGUCUGUGCAGGACAUGUCCACCUGUCUGAGCAGCAAAGAUGGCAGUGGGAAUGCGACCUGGGGAUACACUCCAUACAAGGUGGCAGGCGAAGCCUGCGUGUGGUGUGGCGGGGUGCAAUGCACCGAUGCCAACACGGCCUUGUGCAUGCCCUACGACCUGCUGAUGAAUGGCCAGGGGCCACACCACAACCUCUUCUAUGCCAAGCACAACUUCAAAGUGGCCAAAGUGAAGGAGUCCAAGGUCGUCUUCCCGCCUUCGGAUUUAUCCUGUCUGUCAAAAGACAACAAGGGAUGCCCCUCGUUUUUGGAUGCCUAUGCUUGUCUCGCCAGUGCAGAUGGUCGACCAGAUGAAACCAUCUUUGGUCGGAAGGUGCAUGGGCAGCCUUGUGUGUGGUGCAACAACACGUUGUGCAAUGAGAGGGGCGCGAAAUGCGAACCCUACGACUUGCAGAUGAAUGGUGAAGGCGUUGCAUUCACAACAAGUUACUCGAAGGAUCCGAUGGUUGCGCAAUGCAAGGAUGGAAGGGUCAAGCCACACUUCAACGUGUCCAAACCGGUCCUGAAUCUGCCCACGCCUAAUAUGGACAAGCUGGAGUGCUUGACCAUGAAGUCUGGUGGCUGCAAGACCAUCACGGACAAGAUAAGCUGCAUCAGCAUUCGCGAUGGCUCCGAGACGGACUCCGAGGGCGGCCUUGCAAUCCGUGGGCAGCCGUGCGUGUGGUGCGGUGGAGGGAAGUGCACCGAUGGCUCCGACGCGGUCUGUGCAGCCUAUGAGUACCUGGCGCAUGGCGCCGGAAAGGUCUUUGCACAAAUCAUGACCGUGAGCACCACCGUGGCAGAGUGUCAUGAACAAGAGAUGCAGUUCAGCGAUGCUGAUGUGGGGUGCUUGAAGCCUGCUGAGAAGGGCUGCAACAUGAUCCGGGAUUCGGUCACCUGCACGAACAGCCGAGAGGAGCGGCCCUACGAAUACAUCGCAGGGUUCAAGGUCAAGGGCCAGCCUUGCGUGUGGUGUGGCGGUGGGCAAUGCCAUGAUGGUGAAGACACUCUUUGCGAGCCCUACGACUAUGCACUUUAUGGUGCUGGUCAUGCCUUUCACACCAAGUACAGCCAUGGACCCUUCUACAAGGCCUUUUGCAACAAGGAUUCCCAGCCGGGUGCCGAAAUGCUACCAGCAGAUUGGCAGAUCCAUGGCAUGCGGAUGCAUGUGGACUGCGGGAAGCCUUUCCCGGUGUGGGCCAAGGUGGGCCAACGGUGUGGCUUUUGCAAAGUAUUGGUGCCAAGCAUCAAGGAAGACUACAAGACCUGCAAGGACUACUGUGCUUCACAAGGCAACUUGCAGUGCGCUUCAUCGUCCUUGGGUUCCAUUUCCAGCUGCGAUCUGAAAGAAAAGAAAUCCUGCGACUACGCUUUCCAGGUCUAUGAGCAUGGCCUCUGUGAGUGCUCCUUCGAAUCGACCGUGAAGGCAGUCAAUGAGGAUUUUGGCAAGGCGUUGGCGUCGCCCAGUAAGGUAGACAUGCAGUGCUUGAAGAAAGCCGAGAAAGGAUGCAGGGCCAUCACCGACCGCCUCAACUGCCUCAGCAGUAUUGACGAUGGCUUGCAGGACUCUGUCAAGGGGCUCAAGGUAAAGGGAGAGCCUUGCGUGUGGUGUGGCGGUGCGCCUUGCACAUCGAAAGAUCCCGCGAUCCUCUGUGAAGCCCGCGACUACCUGGUGAACGGCAAGGGCUUGGCCUUUGUCCAUCGUCACGUUGCCGCAGAAAAUGUGGACGUGGCCAAGUGCGAGGCGCCUAAGCGGAGCUUUGGCAACCUCGGCUGCCUGAAACGUCAAGAGAAGGGCUGCAACAGCAUCAAGGACAUGGAUACGUGCCUCAGCAGCCUUGACGGUCGACCUUACGAUCAAGUGGCCGGAUUGCAGGUUGAGGGGCAGCCCUGCGUUUGGUGCGGUGGAGUGCCUUGCAACUCGAACAACGGCAACCUCUGCGAGCCCUAUGAUUUCGCCCUCCAUGGUGAAGGCCACGCCUAUGAUGUGAAUCAUGCAGAGGAUAAGUACUACACAGCAGCCUGCGAGGCUGGUCAACCAGUGAAGCAUACCACCUCGACAGCCGCCGAACGUGCUGGCAUUACUACUCUGGUGGACUGUGGGACGCCACAACCCAUUUGGAAAGGUGUCGGCAAGAAGUGCGGGCAGUGCAAAGUGCAGGUGGCCAUUGAAGCUGCGAAAUCCUACGGAAAUUGCUCUGGCUACUGCCAAGCUCAAGGCCUGACCUGCGAGAAGGCCUAUAGCUCUCACCUGCACAGCUGUGACUUGAGGUCCGACGAAGCCAUCAGCUGCCAACAAAGCUUCGAUGACUCCAGCGGCUUCUUGUGCCAGUGCGCGCUGCACCAGGCGCCACAGGCGCAGGGCCAGGAGGCACAGGCGAUGUAUGGACAAUGUGGUGGCAAGGAUUGGAAGGGCUACACACGCUGCAAGGCUGGUGCUGUUUGCAACGUGGUAGAUGCAGACUUCUCUCAGUGCGUCCCAAGUGGUACUGCCAAAGCCGGUGUUCGCGCUGAGCCUCCUCAGAGCCCACUCGCCUCGACUUUGAGCGCUGCUGCUCCAUCCUUAUUCCUGCAGGACUCUCAGGAUGACCUGGGCAGUGCGCCUCCCGCAGUGGAAGGCGCCAGCUGCUCUUAUCAUCCAAAGUGCGCUGCGCUGAAGCUGGCAGGUGAGUGUUGCCCCAACCCUGAGGGCGUUCGCUUGGACUGCUGCUCCAAGGGCACCUUCGACACCAGCAGCGUCGUGCUGGACCCGGCAACGCCGCAAACGCCGCACGCCGAAGGGGCGAUGCUGGGAGCCGCACCGGAGGCCAAUCAGCCCUCCGAGUGGUGGAAGAUUCCAAAACCCUCACAGGAGCAACUGAAGUGCAUGCCAUCUGAGCCAAAGGGCUGCGGCUCCAUCAAGCACAAGUUGAUGUGUUUGAGUCGCGUGGACGGGCGCAUUGGCUAUGCUCCUCACGGGUUGAACGUGGGUGGCGAGCCGUGCGUCUGGUGCGGCGGUGGGCCAUGUACCAGUUACAGCGAUGCCGUUUGCGAACCCUACAACUGGUUGGUGAACGGCCAGGGCAAGGCCUUUGCCUCUCAGAAUUCUGCGCCUGCCACCUGGCUAGUGGCAAAGUGUCAGGAUGACCGAAACUCGGUCUUCAACGAGCUGGGCUGCUUGCGGAAGUCGGAGAUCGGAUGCAAUCACAUCACGGAGAAACACCAGUGCUUGGCGAGUUUGGACGCGCGGCCAUAUGUGGAAGUGGCCGGCUUCAAGGCCAGAGCACAGCCAUGUGUGUGGUGUGGCGGAGGGACUUGUCAUUCCAACAAUGGAAACCUGUGCGAACCCUACGACUUUGUCAUGAACGGACAAGGUCAAGCAUUCAAGUCCAACUACGGCUUCAACACCUACAUGGUGGCCGAGUGCACUCAGGAUGGCCGGGUGUUGCCCAUGAGCUAUCCUCAUGCAGACGUGGAAAGAGGCUUGCCUACACAGGUGACCUGUGGAGAGAAGGUGACCUGGAAUGGUGUUGGCAAAGUUUGUGGUGACUGCGACGUGACGGUGCCAAACAUCUUUGCAACUUUUGGCAGCUGCAACUCCUACUGCGCGGCACAGGGUGGCUUGAAGUGUCUGUCCGCCCAGAAGGCCUUCACCCACAGCUGCUCAGCGCAGCCUCCGGACGAGUACGACUUGAGCUGCGACAGCGCCUUCGCCAGUGGCGAGUUCGCCCGGUGUCACUGCAGUGCUUCGGAGAGGGCCACGGAGGCCCUGGUGGAUCAGAACGCCAACCUGCCGGCCCUGCCGUAUGCGCAAUGCGGUGGGAAGGAAUGGACUGGCAUCAGCAGAUGUCAGGUCGGCAGCACCUGCUUCAUGAUCAAUCGAUGGUACAGCCAGUGCCUGCCAGGGGCCUAUUCGAAUCCGGACCAGGCAGCACAAGCCGCCAAAAAUGCAGCGGAGGCGAAGGGCCAGCCCAUCCAGGACCAGGCCGUAGCGGCCGGUGCAGCUGCCACCAAGGCGGCCAGCGCGACGGGGCAGAGUGCCCAGAGUCAGGCCACUCGUGCCUAUGUGGCAGCGGCCGGCACAGCAGCCAUCGGAGGAUUGGCACGGCCUCAGGCGCACGACAUUGGCGAGGCCGCAGCACAUGCUGCGUCCUAUCAAGAUGGCAGCCUCACUCACCAGGAGGCGAACCAAGUGGCGCAGCAGGCCAUUCGAGCGGGCGAGGCCAUUGUCUUCGGGGAAGAUCAAUCCAACAACGCUGCAGAGAUUGCCGGGAAAGCCGCAGCCAAUAGUGCCAAGGACACAGGGCUAUCGGGAAACGAACAGUGCCAAAAGGCCUAUCGCGCAGCUUUAGCCUUUGCCAAGGGCAGUGGCAAGACCCCCAAGCAGCAAGCCGAGUUAGCGGCCACCGUGGCACAGAAGGCGGCCUUCCGUGCAGAGCUCACGCCGCGGCAGCAGGUGCAGUGCGUGGUGGAUGCCGCGCAGGCCAGCGCCUCCACGGACGGAGCCUUCUCCGACACCGUGGCGGACGCCAUGACGCACGCGGGGACGGUGGCCGCGCAGGGCGCCGGGAUUGACGCGGCUCAGGUCAGCGGUGUGGUGGCAGACUGCGUCAAGGCCACAGAAGAUGCGAGUGCAGAUGGUCUGAAGAUCCCUCAGGAUGUGAUGGACAAGUGCAUGACCACAGCCAAGGCCUCCGGUUUGGGCUUGGCCGCUGAAGUCAUGGCAACCAGUGGACUUUUGGCGCCUGAAGCGGCACAAGCUGCCAGGAAGUGCGUCUACGACGCGGCCAUCCAGGGCGGCAAGACCCCGGGCGAGGCCGCGGCCGCGGCCGAGGCCGCUGCGCGCAGCGUUGCUGCAGCCUUGGCACGCCCAGACAACCAGAAAGUGACCCCGGAGCCAGUGCAACGUGUGGGUGAAGACUGCUGGGUGGCGUGUGGGAAGCAGUCGGGGCUUUGCGCUUUCUGCGGCGUUGGCAAUGCCUGCUGUCGAAAGGACGAGUUGAAUCCCACGAAGGCCUGUCAGAAUAUCAAAACCUUCUCAACAUGGCACCAUGAGUGCGUGCGCCCUGUACACCUGCCAGAGGACAUGUCCGACGUGGCGGCGGCCGUGACCGAGGCCAGCGGCUACGAGACCGCCGCCGAGAGCGCGGCCAUCGCCAGCGCCGCCAGCGCCGGCGGCGGCCACGGCGCGGCGGCGCAGGCCGUGGCGGCGGGGACGGCGGCGGCGAAGGCGGCGAAGGACGAGGGGCUCAACACGGUGAAUCAGGUCACAGUCGCGUACAAAGCUGCAGAGAACGCUGGAAAGGAGGGUGGCAUGACGCAGUACGACGCGGACCAAACGGCCCAGAGUGUGGCGGAGGACGUGGCCGGCGACAGCGGCAUGUCCGGCACGGAGGCGACUGCGGCGGCGGCUGCUGCUGCGGCAGUGGUGCAUGGCUUGCCGUUGCCCACGGGUAGCACCCCUGUGCCUCUGCAGCCUCCGGUGCUGGAGCCCGGUCCGGUGAUUCUGCCGGCGGGCCCUGGGAUGCCGGGGAAGCCGCAGGUGGCCACACUCACGGAGAAGCCCACUGAGAUAAUAGAGACGGCGCCGGGCUCGCGACCGGUGGUGGCGGUGGAACCUCCAGUGACGCCUGCGGUGCUGACGCCACCGAAGCCCGUGCAGCCGGAGAAGGUGGAUGUGCAGAUCCUGCCACAACCCAUCCCUCCUGCAGCGCAGGCCGGAAUCGAGGCUGCAGAAGCCAAGAAGGAGCAGGGUGCAGAUGUGCAUCAGCAGGCUGUGGCCGCAGCGGGCGCCACUGGAUCCUAUGAAGUUGGAGAGGAAAAGACCCAACAGGAGGCAAAAGAUAUGGCCACACAGGUGGCAGAAUACGUGGCGCAUAAGGACAGCCUGCCCAUCGACGAGGCCAAGGCUGAGGCUGAAAAGGCCGUGGUGGAGGCGAUCAAGGCCCAAGGGGGCCAAUUUGUGAAUCCAAAGAUCGUGCCGCCUGUGCCAGACAGCAUCAAGGUUCAUCAGAGGGACAUGAAGAAUCCGGGUCAGGACUGUUGGGCUGCUUGCGGCUCGAAAUCUGGUUAUUGCCCCACCUUUUGUGGCAUUGGCGCAUGUUGCAGGAAGAUGGAGAAAUCCCCUGUCCCAGAGUGCCAAAAUGCGUCCAACUCCGAGCGCUAUGAGUGUGUGGCGCCUGCCAACGUCUUCCCCGCCGUGCGAAAUCGCCAGGCCGAUUCCAACAGCACCUUUCUGGUGGUGGAUGCGGGACCUGAGACGGUGGAGGAGGGUGUCCAGGGGGUAGGCAUUGGAUUUUGGAUGGUGGGCUUGGCCCUGGUGCUGGCCUGUCUGGUCUGUUGUGGAGGCUGGUGCCUGUUUUCUGGAGCCGAGAAGAAGAGCAAGGGACAGACGCGAACAGCGGGAGUGAUCGUUUCGAAAUCCGACGGUGAAGACCUGGAGCUGCAGGAGCCCCUGAGAGCGGCGAGCGCUUCGGCUCCUGUACCGGGCAGCCGUGCCAUUGGUGAGGCCCCUGCCGCACCAGUGGUGGCACCCGCACCCGCGUACCGAUAUGUUGCUGGCUCUUCACAAGGCUACAUGGCUGCACCGCAGGAGCAGGCCAGCUCGAGUGCUGCCGUGCGACCCAUGGUGGCACCUGCGAGGGCUCUGACAGCUCCGCAGGCUGGCCCCUGCGCACCUUGCCGAGCGGCCGCCUGGGAUCAGUUUGAUCGCAUCGACACCAACCACGAUGGCGUUUUGUCACGCGCGGAGUGGGAUGAGGCGAUGCAGGCACCCCUGGGGCAACCAAUGGUGGUGAACGCUCACCCCAGCGCUUCGCAGGACUCCUUUGUACCACGCCAGGCUGGCCAUGUCGUGUCGACCAACAAGGGACCCAUGAUGAUGGAACCAACAACCCACUAGACUUCAUGGUAGGUACAGUGAGGGAACCCCACGCCAGGGGCAAUGUCACCUGUGGCAUGGGGAGUAUCGACUCCCUCCAGGGAUUGGCUCGAAGUAGUGGACAUCCC